UCCAAGUGCGCAGACGCAGCUCUUUUUUCCCUCACUCCCCCCCCCCCCUGCGGUUUUUCGGCCCUUUGUUCUCCGGCCUCACUCUGUGGGGGGGGGAGAAGGAUGCCACUGCGCAGGCGCGGCCCCACCCAGCCCGACUAGGGAGCCCCUCCUUCUCCUUGCCCCCCCAGGGCGGAAGACGGUCCGGACCCUACAGGCUCUCCCUUCUCAGGACUCGCCCUUCCCCAACAAAGGACCCCAAAGGAGGAGGAAGAAAUGGCUUCGGGAGGCCUGACCAGUCACAGUGGGAGGUCACAGGACUUGGUCACUUUCAAGGACGUGGCUGUCGACUUUACCUGGGAAGAGUGGAAGCUUCUGGACUCUGGUCAGAAGGCCUUGUACCGAGAUGUGAUGCUGGAGAACUAUAGAAACCUGGUCUCCCUGGGACGUCCCGUUUCCAAACCAAAUGUGAUCUUGCAACUAGAGCAAAGCAGAACACCAAGGAUGCUGGAGAGAGCAACUGCAGGAGACAUUUUUUCAGAUUGGGAGGCCAGAUUUGAGACCAAGGAAACAAUUUCAAAGUCUUAUUUUGCUAUGGAAAAAUCAUUCCAAGAAACCUGGCACGAUCUCUGGGGUUUUAAUUGGGGAGAAUCCUGGGAAUGUGGUGGCAGGUUUAAGAGACAGCAGGGGAGCCAGGAGAAAAAUUUCAGGCAAGUACCAAUCAGCCACAAGAAAAUUGAUGAGCCAGCAAGUCAGGAAUGUCAUAACUUUGAGAGAAGUUACUGUUCAGACCCAAUUUUUGUGAUACAACAGAGUUCCAGAAAGAGUCUCCCUAAGUAUGAUUCACAGCAACUUUGCUUUGACCAACACUCUGACCUAAUUCAACUUGAUAGGAUCACCUCAGGGAAAAAACCUGGUCAACAUGAUGAAUGCAAUAUUACCUUAAAUUAUACAAACCUGGUUAACUGUCACAGGACACUUAAUGGGGAGAAACCCUCUGCGUAUUGUGAAUUUGGAGAAACUUUGCACCAGAGAGACCUUAUACAGCAUCAGAAAGCCUCUACUGCAGAGAACCUCCACAUGUAUAAUGAAUGUGGGAAUGCCUUCAGUGAUAACUUAACUCUCACGCUUCAUCAGAGAAGUCACACUGGAGAGAAACUUUGUGAUUGUGAUAUAUGUAGGAAAGCCUUGGAUGGUGGCUCAUCCCUUUCUCCACAUCAGAGACUUCACAUUGGAGAGAAGUCCUAUAAAUGUCAUGAGUGUGAGAAAUCAUUCAGUCAGUACACAAGCCUUCUUAGACAUCAGAGAAUUCAUACAGGGGAGAAACCUUUCAAAUGCAGUGAAUGUGGGAAAGCCUUCAGUCAGUGCACAAACCUGAUCCGACAUCAGAGGGUUCAUACUGGAGAAAAACUCUUUAGAUGUCAUGAAUGUGGCAAGACCUUCAGCAACAGUUCAUCCUGCAGUAUACAUCAGAGAAUUCACAGUGGGGAGAAACCCUAUGGGUGUGGUGAUUGUGGACAAGCCUUUGCUCAACAGGGAAGCCUUAUCCAACAUCAAAGAAUUCAUACUGGAGAGAAACCCUUUAAGUGUAAAAAAUGUGGAAAAGCCUUCAGCCAAAAUAUACAUCUUACUCAGCAUCAGAGACUUCAUUCUGGGGAGAAAAUCUAUAAAUGCAAUGAAUGUGGUAAAGCCUUCAGUAACAGUUCAACUCUCAUUCUACAUAACAGGAUUCACACUGGAGAGAAACCUUACGAAUGUAACGAGUGUGGGAAAACCUUCAGCCAGUACACAACUCUUAUUCAGCAUCAGAGGAUCCACACUGGAGAAAAACCCUACAAAUGUAACGUGUGUGAAAAGACUUUCAGCCAGAGCACAAGCCUUAUUCGUCACCAGAAAAUUCAUACUGGCGAGAAACUCUGCAUAUGCCAUGAAUGUGGACAAGCCUUCAGUCAGCAGGGAAGUCUUACUAAGCACCAGAGAAUUCACACUGGAGAGAGACCCUAUAAGUGUAAUGAAUGUGGAAAAGCCUUUACCCAGAGUAUGAACCUUACACGACAUCAGAGAAUUCACACUGGAGAAAAAUUAUAUAAAUGUAAUGAAUGUGGGAAAGCUUUUAGUAAUGGCUCAUCUCUUACUCAGCACGAGAGGAUUCAUACUGGAGAAAAACCCUAUAAUUGCAGCGAAUGUGGGAAAGCCUUCAGCAACAGCUCCUCAGUCACCCAGCAUGAGAGGAUUCACACUGGAGAAAAACCCUAUAAAUGUAAUGAAUGUGGGAAAGCCUUUACUCAUAGCAUGAACCUUACUCGACAUCAGAGAACUCAUACCGGAGAGAAGCCCUAUCACUGUAAUGAGUGUGGGAAGUCUUUCAGCCAGAACAUGAACCUUACUCGACAUCAGAGAAUCCACACCGGUGAGAAACCCUACAAAUGUAAUCAGUGUGACAGAGCCUUCAACCAAAGCACAUCACUUGCUGAGCACCAGAAAACACAUAGGAAAGAAGCCGGGAAAUAUAAUAAAUGUAAUCAGGCCUUUAGCUGCAAUUAAUAUCAUCAAAGAAUGUGGGAACUUUUUUGGAUGUAUUUUAACAUAAAAGUUCAUUAGUCCUGCCAAUUGUGGGAAAGCCUUACCACACAGCAGAGGGUUUAUCUAGUGAGAAGUCCUAUAAAUGCAGUGAAAGUAAGAAGGCCCUCAAUGGUGGUUCAGUUCUUCGGGAGAUAGCGGAGCCUGAGAGCAGAAUGUCUCUGUCCAUGGGCAGAUUCUCAUUCUCACUUUUCCUCACUGCUUUUAGUGAAACUGGUCCCACUGACCAAGGUAUUCCUUCUGUCAGUAUAGAUUGCUCUCUCACCACUGGCAAUUUUCAUUUAAGUCAUCCCAUAGAGCACCCUACCAUUUCACCAGAGAAUCCACCUUGGGUGUUGGAGGCCUUCCUCUGGUUUUUUAGGUUUUACAAGUUCCUGGGGAGCUCCUCCCUCAGUUUCUGGCCAUGUAUGUCCUCAGUGCUAUCCCAGAUACCAUGGCUCCUCACUAAAACUAGAUUACAGUUUACCUGAACCCGUCCAUUUCCUUUGGGUCCUGCAGCUUUGUUUCUUCCAGGUGAUGGAAUUCCAGUAUAGACAACUAUGUCAUCGUUGCAAAAAGCCUUUAUGUCAAUAAGCCAGCAAACUGCCUGGGAUCACUAGUAGCAGUGCAGAAUUUCCCAAAUAUAUCUUUGCUCGUCUUUCUAUUCAGUUUGGGUCCUUGUCAUUAUCAUUUACGAUUUCUGCUCCAACUAGGUGUCCCAGUGGACUAAUGCAGUAGACUAACCACCCAGUUAUGUCAUAGUUUGGACAACAGAAAUUUUUCAUCCACUUACUUUUUAUCAAUUGUAACCCAGGCACUUUAAUAAUCAUGGGUCUCACUGAGGCCCUACAAUUUUCAGAUUUUCACUAGAUCAGAGGUGGAGGGGGGGAGGUGCAAUCACCACAUAAUAACAUCCAGAAAUAGGAGUGCCCAGAGGACCAUACCCUCAAAUCAAGUCAAACCAACAGACAUUUAUCAUGUACUUUCAAUAUCCUGGGGAAAUAAGGAAAAUAAGGAGUAUCUACAGGAAACCCCUCCUCCCUUUAUGUUUACAAAUAUAGGGUUAUGAGACUGGCCAACAUGCAGACAUUCAUCUUUAUGGAGGCCUUUGUCAGAGAAUUGGGGUAGAUCUCAAAUGCGUGAGAGCCUCUUUUGGGUGGGGGAGGAGAAGAGUCUCCAAGACUGCCUUGUGCUUUGUCCAGUUAAGUGUUUGGGGUUUUUGUGUGUAAUCAGUGAGUGUAUGCUGUGGAGUCUUAUAUUCCCUGCAAUAUUCUGUGGGUUCACUGUAUAACUAAGGGCAUUAUCUGUUGUUGAGGACUUUGGCGAAAGCCUGUUUGUUACAUUUUAAUUGCAGUUAUCUUUGAUAUGCAUGUAGAUUGUCUAUGAGAAAGUCGAUAUGUGGGUUGUAGCCAUUGAUGUCUCCAGCUUUUUCUGGGCCUGUGGAGGCUGGCGGUCUGGGCUGACUCCAUGACUGUCCAUGUGGCUUAGGUUUCCAUUUCCUCCCCAUCCAGAGAGUUCCUGUACUGGGGUCCCAUUUGGGGAAAAGAGAAGAUUAGCAUGUUUGGAAGUGUCCUGGCCCACCCACUCUGGAAAAUUCCAGCCUUUUUCCCUUGAAUAGAAAAUCCUCGCCUGGAAGGGGAGAAGGUCAGAGGUUAACCAGAUUUGGAUCCUUGUCCUAAGGGAUUCCAGGGGUUUGGCUUCCAAUAAAAACCACUGUGAACCCGAGUCAAGAAAGUGAGAGCCCUGGGCUGUGACACUUCUGAGGUGAUUUUUGCAGCUCUCCUCUUGCUGUGUUUUCUUCUAAUAAACAACUUCACUGUAAAAUAUGAA